AUGUUUGUUCCCUGCGCGGAACCGGCGCCUGAGCUAACGGGCUUCACUCUCCUGAUGCCAGCAGUAUCUGUUGGAAAUGUUGGCCAGCUUGCAGUAGAUCUGAUUAUCUCCACACUGAAUAUGUUUAAGGUCGGUUACUUCUAUACGGAUUGUCUUGUGCCAAUGGUUGGAAACAAUCCAUAUGCAACCACAGAAGAAAACUCAACAGAACUCUGUAUAAAUGCUGAGGUAUACUUGUUACCUUCAAGGAAGCUAGUGGCUCUUCAGUUAAGAUCAAUUUUUAUCAAGUAUAAAUCCAAGCCAUUCUGUGAAAAGCUGCUUUCCUGGAUUAAAAAUAGUAACUGUGCCAGAGUUGUUGUUCUUUCAAGCAGUCAUUCAUGUCACCGCAGUGAUCUACAGCUUCGCAGUACUCCUUUUCGCUAUCUACUUACACCUUCUAUGCAAAAAAGUGUUCAAAAUAAAAUAAAAAGCCUUAACUGGGAAGAAAUGGAAAACAGCCAGUGUAUUCCCGGAAUCGAGGAUUCUGAGUUUUGUGUCUGUAUCCCUGGAGGUGGUAUCACAAAAACACUCUAUGAAGAAAGUUGUUCUAGAGAAAUUCCAUUGGCAGUUCUGUUGAAAUUUGUUUCUGAAGGAGAUAAUAUCCCAGAUGCUUUGGAUCUUGUUGAAUAUCUUAAUGAAUGGCUUCAGAUCAUCAAACCAUGUAUCGAUGACCCCAGAGCUUCUGUUUUACCAUGGAAAAUACCAAGUUCUUGGAAAUUACUCUUUGGCAGUGGUCUUCCCCCUGCACUUUUCUGA